CGUCAGAGACACGCAUGACACGCACUUUUCCUCCGCUCGUGCUCAUCUCACGCGAGCCAGCCUCGUCAGCUUCAAGGGGCGCGUGCCACAAUAUCCGAAGCGGAGGGGACAGCUCCCAGGUGCUGAAAUCGGUCGGUGCUCCAGAGAGAAGAGAGAGACACGAGGGGGAAGGAGAACCAACGGCCGCGUUAGACACACACACAGAACCCAGGGGCCGCUACAGAUAGAGCCGAGGCCUUCAAAGCAGAUGGCUGCCACUCAGGAUGCGAAAGGGAAGGGAGAGGGAGGGGACCAAAACUUUGACUACAUGUUCAAGCUGCUGAUCAUCGGCAACAGCAGCGUGGGCAAAACGUCUUUCCUGUUCCGCUACGCCGACGACGCCUUCACUUCGGCCUUCGUCAGCACGGUGGGCAUCGACUUCAAAGUGAAGACGGUCUACAAGAAUGACAAGAGGAUCAAACUGCAGAUCUGGGACACAGCCGGCCAGGAGCGCUACAGGACCAUCACCACUGCCUACUACCGCGGGGCCAUGGGCUUCAUCCUAAUGUACGACAUCACCAACGAGGAGUCCUUCGGCGCUGUGCAGGACUGGUCAACCCAGAUCAAAACCUACUCGUGGGAUAAUGCACAGGUGGUGUUGGCUGGAAAUAAGUGUGAUAUGGAGGAGGAGAGAGUGGUCUCAGUGGACAAUGGCAGACUGCUGGCAGACCAGUUGGGUUUCGAAUUCUUUGAGACCAGCGCCAAGGACAACGUCAACGUGAAGCAGACCUUUGAACGCCUCGUUGACCUCAUUUGCGACAAGAUGUCCGAGAGCUUGGACUCGGAUCCGGCCGUCACUACGGGAGCUCCCACGGCCAAACUCACAGACAGCGCUCCGCCCCUCCAGCAGCCUGGAUGCAACUGUUAGUGACUGAUGUCAGGAAGCAAACGGGAGGGCAGCGCGGGUCCGGCGCGGUGGUAGAGUGUGCCGAGUUUUAUUCUCCCUUCUCACCCCCUGCUAGUGCUGCUUUCUCCGGACUACAGUUCAAACCCUGUUUAGUGGUAGAAUUACAAAAAUGCCGUCGUACUAUCUCUCAACUUUAUCACCUUAUAUCAAGAGCAAAUAACCAGACAAGCAGACAUGGCUAUUGACAAGAUAUCCAAAAUAUAGAGACACCAUAUUCUCAUUCCUCAGCUAGUUAGUGGUCAUAAACCAAGUCUGUUUGACACGGCUGGACAUAGUCCAUAGACAUGAUGUACAGUUUGUCCUUAAGACCUUUAAACAUUUAGAAUAAGUAUAAAAUGAGAGAUAGGGUAAGUGAGUGCUUUUAUUUUUAUUUUUUGUACAGUAUGUAUUUUACUUUUAUAGGAUUAUUUUGUAUCCUAAAGCUGCCAAAUCUAUGAUUUAGUGCACUGAAGGAUGUAGCGGCUUUCUUUUGUGUAGUGAGUGUGUGGCUGUCGUGUGACUGUACAGUAAGUGUGUGUGUGGGUUUGCACGAGUGUGAGUAUUAUGUGACAAAUGAGUGAAACUCUGUCAUCGAUAAAGGUUUAUCUACCUUGGAUUAAAAAAGUGGCCUUUUAGCAUCUUCAACACGGCCUCCGUAAAUUCCUCUGUCUUGCUUACUUUUGGAAUCAAUCCAGUGUGUGUAAUGUUGAUGUGAGUACUAUUCUACGUUUUGCUGUCUGUAGAUGUGUGAUUUCUCUGAUAAGUAUAUCUAUAAAUCUUAAAAGCAACUACUUCUAUGUGCUUAGCCUCGAAGAUUACCCUUUAUAGUUUGAUGCGAUGAGCAUGCUGCCAAAAAUCACACGUGCGGUUUUAUCUCAAGACAGAACCUAAACAUCCUCAUCUCCAUAUGAUAUGAUCCAGCAUUUCAUUGAAUACAAAUCUCACACUGACAAGGCACAGUCCAGUGUAUGAUGUAUAACUAGUGAUCAGCUCUGGCAUGGAAUAAACAGCCAUAUAUAUAAAAAAAAUAUUCAAAAAAAUGUUCAUUGAGCAUGCUAAAAUGUCAUGUUUGUGCUGUUUCCCUCCUUAAGAAAAAGCUCCUCGAUAAACAGCCGUGGUCUUAAUAAUAACUUAAGUCCAUAGCGUAUAAAAGUUGUAGUCCAUUUUAAAACCCAGAAAGCCUUUCAGUUCCGCAAAAACGUUUGUGCCAAAACAUUCAAAUUCCUUUAGCAUCGUCAGUUGUUUGUUGCAUCGUUGAAUAAAAAAAUAAAUACUAAUAAAAAUGUCGCAUGAAGCCAAUCCUGACUUAUCUAUGUAGAUUUAUAAUAAUAAGAUAGUGUAUAUAUAUCACUGUGUUACAGAUUUAGAAGCAUUGUCAUAGCACUUGCUGUGAGAUGCAAUGGGCCAAUAAGUGCAAUAUUUUAUGAAUGAAACCCUGUACAUAGUUUCUCCUGCCCUCGAGUACUAUGACUAUCUGCAGUAUGUGAGAGUUUGGUCAGAACGGCUCUGAAACUGAUGUACAAUCGGAAAAAAAGUGAGCGUGCGUGUUUGUGUGUGUGCGCGCGCGUGACUGUGUGUGUGUGUGUGUGCGUGCGUGUGUACCUGCCAUGUUGAACAGACAAUUUACGUAAUAUAAUGUAUUGUUUGUGUAUACCUUUUGUACAAAUGUAUUCACGUACUAUAUGCUGUUUCCUGCUAACUGUUGGGUGUUGAUUGCUCUUGUGUUAUCAUGUCAAAAUGCAGUGUUAUUGUAAACGAUAGUCAGGGAGGUUACUUAGUCCAUGCCAUACUAUUGUAAAUCCAAGAAAAGGGAUGCACAUAAAGUAGUUCAAAGACACCGCGCAUAUGUGUGUACACGUUCUUUGUGCGUGUGCAUCCGUGUAUGUGUGUGAUUUUAUGAUUUUACGCUAGUAGCCAUGAAAUAAAUCAUUGUAUUGAUCUCCAGUCAAGAUUCGUUUGAUAGAGGGAGAGCUAUAUGUGGCGAUGCCCAAACAGUCACUUUGGUCAAACGUCAUUGUAUUACUGAAUAUAUUUGUUUCACAGAGUGCAAGCAAGCAAAGUAAGAAGUAUGUUUUUGAGAUUAUAGAAAAUAAAUCAAAUUCUAUCA